ACCAGACAGUGAGUGAAGAUUUGAAUUGAGGUUCUCAGAGGCACCAAUCCGACAUGCCAACGACCUUACAACACCAACUUUCUUUUUCACUUCCUCCUUUUAAUGCCCCUCUGGCUGCUACGGGCGAUCGAAAAGCAAUUUAAAACGCGCUGAGAUCCUAAUUCUAUCGGCGGCCACGCGGGAAAAGUCCGCUUGCAAAGCGUCAUUCAGCCUUCUAAGCGUCUGUGAGUGUAACAACAACAACAAAAGAUUCCAAGGUGAGGGCAACCCGAAGGCUUCCACUGCCGCUACUGAGCAUGCUCCGUGGCCUGUGCGCCCGCGAAUUCUCACGACAGUUGGUCGGUGGCGCGUUCCAGUUUAAAGGCCGGCGAUGGCCGCGACCGUGGCUGCUGGCGGGGUCUUCGCGUUCCGCGACGCCCGCUGGGAGCCUGACCCGCAGCUCGAAGCCAGCCCGGCUGUUCGGGUACCUCAGCCGGCUCCGCUGGUGCUGGACAACGGCUCCUUCCAGUUACGGCUGGGCUGGGCCUGCCCGGACCCCGAAGUGCCCGCUGAGCCGCUGCUCUGCUUCCGCUCCUUGGUGGCCCGGAGCCGGGGAGCCCGCGGCGGGGCUGGCGUCGAGACGCAGGUAGGCAACGACUUGGGCAGCCCCGAGCCCCUCCGAUGGCUCCUCCGCUCGCCCUUCGACCGCAACGUGCCCGUCCAGAUGGAGCUCCAGGAGCUGCUCUUCGACCACGGCUUCCAGCGCCUCGGCGUCUCCUCGCAGGGCUGUGUUGAUCAUCCUGUUGUGGUAACAGAGGCUGUAUGCACCCCACUCUAUUCACGACAAAUGAUGUCCGAGCUCCUCUUCGAAUGCUACCAAGUCCCCAAAGUUUCUUAUGGUGUGGACAGUUUGUACAGCUUCUAUCAUAACAAAAGGCAAGACUGGCCUUGCAGUGGACUUGUAAUUUCCUCUGGAUAUCAGAGUACACACAUUUUGCCAGUUUUAGAUGGCAGGCUGGAUGCUAAAAACUGCAAGCGUAUCAAUCUCGGGGGUUGCCAGGCUGCUAUGUACUUACAGCGUCUCCUGCAGCUAAAAUACCCAGGACAUCUGGCUGCCAUCAGUCUUGGCCGUGUGGAGGAAAUACUGCAUGAGCACAGCUAUGUUGCAGAAGAUUACAGAGAAGAGAUGGCAAAGUGGAGGUCUCCAGAGUAUUAUGAGGAAAAUGUGCAUAAGAUGCAGCUGCCUUUUUCAAACAAGCUCUUGGGGAGCACCCUCACCUCUGAAGAGAAGCAAGAGAGGCGGCAGCAGCAGCUUCGGCGCCUCCAGGAGCUCAAUGCUCGCCGGAAAGAAGAAAAGCUGCAGCUUGAUCAAGAGAGGUUGGACAGGUUGCUUUAUGUUCAGGAACUGCUUGAAGAUGGUCAGAUGGAGCAGUUUCACAAAGCUUUGGUGGAGCUGAAUAUGGACUCUGCAGAGGAACUGCAGUCUUAUAUCCACAAGCUGAGCAUGGCAGUCGAGCAGACCAAGCACAGAAUCCUGCAGGCUGAAGUCAGUGUUGAAGUGGAUGUUGUAGAUAGCAAGCCCGAGACUCCUGAUCAGGACCCACUGGGCAGUGAACCAUCCAUGGAUGAUGUGGAAAGCAUGAAUGCAUUUGAGCCUUUAUUUGCUGAGGAGCAACCUGAAGCUGAAAAGCCAGUUACCACAAUACAGCCUGUAUUUAACUUGGCAGAGUACCACCAGCUCUUUAUCGGCACAGAAAGAAUCCGUGUUCCUGAAAUCAUUUUUCAGCCAUCCUUGAUAGGAGAAGAACAAGCUGGAGUAGCAGAAACCAUGCAGUUUGUCCUAGACAGGUAUCCCAAAGAGCAGCAGCAAAAACUUGUCCAGAAUGUCUUCCUUACUGGGGGGAAUAUGAUGUAUCCUGGCAUGAAAGCCAGAAUCCAGAAGGAACUGUUGGAAAUGAGACCCUUCCAAUCAUCGUUUCAGGUGCACCUUGCCCGUAACCCGGUGUUAGACGCAUGGUAUGGUGCUCGGGAUUGGGCUCUGGAGUACAUGAACCGGGAAGAAGGCUGGAUUACCAGGAAAGAUUAUGAAGAAAAAGGUGGAGAAUACCUGAAGGAACACAGUGCUUCCAACAUCUAUGUACCUAUUCGCCUCCCAAAACAGGCUCCACGGACAGCUGAAGCUUCAGCAUCCAGCAAAGCUUUGGGGCCUGCUCCUAGCAAUUCCUCUGAGCAGACAUAGGCUGGGGACUAUGAAGCUGUGUUAUGUGAAGGUUAGGAAUAGCUGGUUUUUAAGGAGGCCACUUUCCACAGCAGCAAGAGAGUUGCUAACCUGCAAAAACUAGACUGAUGAGUCCCAAAUUUCUGGUUGGGUGCGCCAUAUUUGGCGUCUUCAGUGGUGAAUCAAACCAUGUCAUACAGCUAAUUUCCCCCCCCUAAUCCCUGCAGUGAAAGAUCUAAAAUGGAACCCUGUGGUGCCAUGAGAUUAUCUACAUCUGUUCAAGGUGUAAAAAAAGAGCAAAGCAUAUAUUUCAGAGAAAAUGCUUAUUGGCCUCAUUGAGGCUAACUCAUUCUCUGCAUGUUAUAUUGAUGGAUCUAGCUCUAAGCAAUGUAAAUAAAGUCUCUUUUUAUAUGGUU